AUGGAAGCCAAAGCUCAUUCAAAAGACGGCUAUACCAAGCCUGGUCAGGCCUCCUGGAUUGAACAGGAUCUUUCCUAUUGCUCUUGCGACUUCAGGUCAUCAAUUCAAAAGCGGGCUUUGAUAACGGGUUUCAGUGAACUAAACCAAGCAAAAGAUAAAAUCAUCCAUGUAGGAGUUAUUGGGGCGGGUUUAGCAGGUUUGCGAUGUGCAGAGAUUUUGAUCGAACAUGGCAUCAAUGUUACGGUAAUAGAAGCCCGAGAUAGACUCGGUGGACGUUCAAGGGGUCCUAAUUGGAUUCAUGGAACACUAGACAACCCUAUUCUGAAUCUCGCGAAGCGAACUGGAACAGUACUUGCCACGGUGGAAGACAAUCCAUGCGUCUUCGAUCAGUAUGGAGAAGUCAUGAGUCACGAUAAAGCCAACGAAAUUUCAGAUCUAGUUUGGGACAUAAUUAAAGAAGCUUUCCAACACAGUAAUGAAAACAGUUUGAAUAUUUCACCGGAAAGCAGUCUGAAAGACUUUUUCAUGAAACAAGUUGUGAGAAAAGGGUUGGCUGAAGAGGAUCAGACUUUGGUCUUACAAAUGGCAGAGAUGUGGGGAGCGUUCAUAGGUGAUCCGUUAGAACUGCAAAGUCUGAAAUACUUCUGGCUGGAAGAAUGCCUUGAUGGCGGUGAGUACAUUGUUAUAUGGCCCCUGGCAGCUCUUUUGUUAGGCAAAAUCUUGCAUGCUGUAGCUGACAAGGUGCUAAAACGUGCGGAAAUGCUGCUGCGCAACAAAGUAGUAAGUAUUGAAAAUGCCGAUAGUAUAGAAGGACAUCAGAAAGUCUGCGUAAAAACAGACCUUGGUCAUGCAUUGGAAUUCGACGAGGUCGUCGUCACAAUCCCUCUUGGAGCGCUAAAGCAUGGAAAUACAAAAUUUUCUCCCGCUCUCUCUCCAGAAAUUACUCGUGCCAUCCAAAAUACAUCAUAUAGUCGAUUAGAAAAGGUCUAUAUUAUGUUCCCAAAAGCUUUUUGGGAAACGUCCUCUUCAUCAGCGACAGGAAAAUCGCAUUCAUCAACUAAAUCCACCACAGGAUUCAAAUCAUUCGCCCACUUUUUGCAUCCGACUUAUUCGCCCGAGAAUAACCCUGAGUCAUGGACUCUUGAAUUGAACUCGCUCUCUUCUCCGCAAAUUUUUGGCAGCUACGCCCAACCAACCCUUCUUUUCGGUAUAUAUGGAGGUUGUGCUAAUCACAUAACAUCUCUUAUUACACCGCUCUCUUCAGAUUCAUUGGAAUACUUUCAGGUUAUCGACGACUUUUUCCGUCCUUACUAUGCCUUGUUGCCAAACUAUAGUCCUGAUAAUCCUGACUGCCGCCCCAGAGCUGUGCUUGCAACAAACUGGCAGAACGAUGAACUAGCGGGAUAUGGUUCAUACAUGAAUUUCAAAACAAGUGAGAAGCCUAAGGAAGGGACACCGGACAUCGGAUUAGAUGAAGACAUUAGGGUUCUGAGAAAAGGAAUGCCGGAGAGAGGAAUUUGGUUUGCUGGUGAUCACACUGCGCCAUUUGUUGCGCUUGGCACUCUAACAGGAGCCUACUGGAGUGGUGAGUCCGUGGGAAUGAGGAUCUCACGAGCGUAUGGAAGAACUCCAGGCUCUUCUGGAGGGGAGCCCAUUCUGAGCAAUAGUGGAGACAAUAAAACCAGCGCCAAUGUUAGGAAUGGCGGUGGGAGAGUUUGUGUGUGA